AUGGCUAAUGAGAACAUCACUCAGGUGGGUUCUGGUCAACGCUCCAACGGUGAUCAGUACAGCGCCGAGAAGGGAUAUUUUGAGCAAGUUGACCUUCAUAACAAUGUGUCCGCCAGAAUCAAGAACCCUUUGGCCGAAUUGACCAAGAAUCAGAUGCUCCACGACGUUGAAGAGUUUGCUGAGGAGUACAACGUGACAGACAUCCUACCCGAGUUGAAAAAAGGGGCACUGGUUGUGCGUAAUCCUACCGAAUUCGAGAUGGUGCCAGGCUUGACCGAGACAGAGCUCACUGCCCUGCGUAACGAAAUUCUUCACAAGUGGCGCCAGCCUGCGGCACUCUACUUCACCAUUAUCCUGUGCUCUAUUGGUGCAGCCGUGCAGGGAUGGGAUCAGACUGGCUCCAAUGGUGCUAACCUGUCGUUCCCCGAUGCUUUUGGUAUUUCUGAAGAUCCCAAGAAGAGCGCGAACGCCGAUCGAAACCUGUGGCUUGUCGGCGUUGUCAAUGCUGCUCCCUACAUUGCCAGUGCCUGCCUUGGAUGCUGGCUCUCGGACCCAUGCAACCGGUUCCUCGGCCGUCGCGGUACAAUCUUCAUCUCAGCUAUCUUUUGCGUCCUUACCCCCAUUGGCUCUGCAGUGACUCAGAACUGGGUGCAGUUGUUUGUAGUGCGUCUCCUCCUGGGUCUUGGAAUGGGCCUGAAGGCAUCGACAAUUCCAAUCUUUUGCGCUGAGAAUACUCCUGCUGUGAUCCGCGGUGGGCUGGUCAUGUCCUGGCAGCUGUGGACUGCUUUUGGCAUUUUCCUUGGAUUCAGUGCCAACCUUGCUGUCAAGGAUACUGGUAAAAUCUCCUGGCGCCUACAGCUGGGAUCGGCUUUCAUCCCAGCAGUCCCUCUCUUGUUCGGCGUUUACUUCUGCCCAGAGUCCCCUCGCUGGUACAUUCGACGGGGUGAGAUGGGCAAAGCAUACAAGUCUCUGUGCCGUCUCCGUAACACGCCUUUGCAGGCUGCUCGUGACCUUUACUAUAUUCAUGCCCAGAUCAAGAUUGAGAUGGACCUAAUCGGCAAGAGUAACUACGUCACCCGCUUCAUUGAGCUUUUCACCAUUCCCCGCGUCCGCCGUGCCACUCUUGCUUCCUUCGUUGUUAUGAUUGCUCAACAGAUGUGCGGUAUCAACAUCGUUGCCUUUUACUCGUCCACCGUCUUCAAGAACGCCGGCGCAAAUGAUACACAGGCUCUGUUUGCUUCCUGGGGAUUCGGCUUGGUUAACUUUGUGUUCGCCUUCCCUGCUAUCUGGACUAUUGAUACAUAUGGCCGUCGGACUCUGCUGCUAUUCACUUUCCCGCAAAUGGCAUGGACUUUGCUUGGCGCUGCUUUCUGCUUCUGGACCCCCGAGGGUACGGGACACUUGGCUUCGAUUGCUUUCUUUGUCUUCCUAUUCGCCGCGUUCUACUCGCCUGGUGAAGGACCUGUGCCGUUCACUUAUUCGGCGGAGGUAUUUCCUCUUUCUCAUCGUGAGGUUGGCAUGUCCUGGGCCGUGGCAACCUGCCUUGGUUGGGCUGCCGUGCUUUCAAUCACGUUCCCGAAAAUGUUGAGUGCAAUGACUGCCACUGGCGCAUUUGGCUUUUACGCUGGCCUGAAUGUGACUGCAAUGAUCAUGAUUUUCCUCUGGGUCCCUGAAACCAAGCAGCGCACUCUUGAAGAGCUUGACUACAUAUUUGCGGUUCCUACUCGGGUUCACAUGAAGUAUCAAGUCACCAAAGCGCUGCCAUAUUGGUUCAAGCGCUACAUUUUCCGCCAGAAUGUUGAGCUGGAGCCUCUUUACUGGUUCGAUCACAUUACAGGUGGUGGGGAGGCUGUUGCCGUGACACAGAACCAGAGCAUUGUCUCUGAGGAUGUGAAGCUGUAG